UCGGCUGUUAACAGAGCAGAUAAAACAGGAGUAGGUAGUAUAUUUUCAAAGAAAGAAUCUGUGGCUACUACUACUACUACUACUGCCACGGAUGGUGAUUUACCUAUGCUUUCUACAACUACUUCAAGAGUAGAAGAAGCUAUUAAGGAAGCUGAACAUCAUCCUCAAGGUCAGGUUGCUCGAAAACGUUUAGAAGAUAUGUCAGCCCAUCUUCAUAAAAUGAAUAUUUCUAGUGAAGUUCAUAUUUUAUGGGGUGAUGCUAAAACAUUAAUUCCUCGUUACACAGCUGCACAUAAAGUAGAUUUAUUGAUUAUGGGUUCGCGUGGUUUAAGUACUGUCAAGAGUGUCUUUUUGGGUUCUGUUUCAGAUACUUGUCUUAAAGAAUGUCCUUGUCCAGUGCUGGUUGUUCGUAAUGCGACUAUUUAAUUAUAAUGUCCUUAUUCUAAAACGACUAAAAAAUAUACAUGAAUAUGAAUAUGAAUAUGAAUAUAUUUUUUUUUUUUUU